UUGCCUGUUGGUGCUCUGUGAACUUUAUUGGCGCGCUGUUGUCAUGGCUUGCGCAAAGAGGCAGAAUUUGCCAUUCGCCGCGAAACUCGAAAUCAUAAAUCAGGUCGAGCACGGUGAAAAGAAGUCCGACGUCGCCGCCGCGUACAAAAUUCCAAGGAGCACCUUGAGUACUAUCCUGAAGAACAAGGCAGACAUCAGGGCCAAGUCGGAGAAAAGGCCAGGUGCCCGUGGCGCCCGACGUGUGCGUACUGCUGUGUACAAAGAUGUUGAAGCAGCCGCUUACAAGUGGUUUGUGGACGUUCGGUCGCGAAACAUCCCGGUGUCCGGCCCUAUGAUCGAUCAGAAAGCCAAGGACCUUGCUUUCCUGCUUGGCAGGAACGAUUUCCAAGGCGGUUCAGGCUGGCUCCAAUGGUUCAAAGAACAGCACGACAUCGUUGGCAAAGCUGUUACAGGUGAAAGCAGAGCGGCGGACCUGGACAGCGUAGACAAAUGGCUCGAGAAAAACUGGCGAGAUAUCGCAGCAAGAUAUCAAGCCCAAGAUAUCUUCAAUGCGGAUGAAACCGCUCUAUUUUGGCAAAUGUUGCCAAACAAGACACUUGCGUGUCGUGGCGACAAGACUUGCGGCGGCAAGGCAAACAAAGCUCGUGUGUCCGUGCUGUUGGCAGCUAAUUUAGAUGGAUCGAAAAAGCUUCGACCUCUGGUUGUCGGGAAAAGCACGGCACCGCGGUGUUUUCGAAAUGUGCUGUCGCUUCCAGUUACCUACCAAGCAAACUCAAAAGCGUGGAUGACCGGGGAGGUUUUCGGCAGGUGGCUAUCGUCGUGGAAUGAUGAUUUGGUAGGCGAAAAUCGCAAGGUGUGCCUGCUCGUGGACAACUGUUCAUCGCACCACUGCAGUACGACCUUCAGCAACAUCGAGCUGCGUUUUUUGCCCCCAAACCCUACGUCUGUACUGCAACCACUGGAUCGAGGCGUUAUACGCGCACUGAAAGCCGGCUAUCGGAAGCGCCUGGUGGAGAGGCUGCUGCAGAACCUUCGUGUUGGCAGGGAGCUUAAGAUCGACUUGCUUGGAGCUCUUUCUAUGUUGAGUAGAUCGUGGGCAGAUGUCACGAAGGAGACGAUCCAGAACUGCUUUAGGCAUGCUGGCUUCCGCAUGCCUGGUGAUGACACCCC